AUGGCCAGGCUAAUGACGAUAGAACUCGUUGUGAUACUUUAUCUUCUCGGUUGCGUAGUUUUGGCGGAAGAGGAGGGGACUUGUUCCAAACCGUGUACCAACAUUACCGUGGUGGCCUCGCCUGGACAGAAGGGGGACAUGGGGCUAAGAGGGGAGCCCGGAGCGCUAGGGCGUCUUGGCGUGAAGGGAGAGAAGGGGGACCGCGGCAGUAUGGGACUGGUGGGCCCGAUAGGCAUUCCAGGUGCUCCGGGAAAACCAGGUGCUGUCGGCGCGCCAGGUGAGAGGGGACAGAAGGGAUCGCACGGUGUACACGGACCACCUGGCCGGAAAGGUGUUCCAGGUGACUCAGGUGAUCCAGGUGUGAGGGGAUUCCCUGGAGCGAGAGGCCCUCCAGGUGAGAAAGGGUCACCUGGAUGGAUGGGUCUCCCAGGUAGACCGGGCGCGAGAGGGAGCAAAGGCGGCCCGGGUCAGCCAGGUGCGCCGGGACAGGCAGGUGUGCAGGGCCCGCCAGGUGCGGGCUCACCUGGAGUGAAGGGACAGAAGGGGGAACCAGGAGGAAUGGCUAACAGAACGUCGUCACUUGUCACACCGGGACCGCCUGGCUCGAGAGGACUACCCGGAGAAAAGGGGGAUAAAGGCACGCAUGGAACAGCAGGUGCGCCCGGGCCACCUGGUACCCCAGGGCGGGCAGGUGCGGGCGUGCCUGGGCAGAAGGGCGAUGAGGGGAGAAUCGGCGCCACAGGAGUACCUGGAGAGAAGGGCGAGAAAGGAGGGCAGGGAGGGACUGGUCGUCCCGGGCUACCCGGUCAGAGGGGUACGGCAGGGGAGAAGGGAGACAAAGGCGAACCUGCGGAGGUUACGGUAACCAGGGUACGUGGUCUGCCGGGCGAGAACGGCCUGCCUGGAGAGAAAGGACAGAAGGGCGAUGCCGGGAGACAGGGCCCGCCUGGUGAAGCAGUCUACACAACCGUGGACGGAUCGUCGUACGUUCUGCAAGGACCGCCAGGGUCUAGGGGGGUGCCGGGAGACAAGGGGGAGAAGGGCGACAGGGGGUUCCCUGGUGAAAGGGGGUUUGAGGGCGGGCAGGGAAUACCUGGUUACCCGGGCUCACCUGGUCCUGAAGGUAUGCCAGGUAUGAAAGGAACGAAAGGUGAUCCAGGAAAACCAGGUAAAACAGGUGCACCAGGUGAAUACGGCCAGCCAGGUGGGCAGGGAGAGACGGGUUUCAAAGGUGACAGGGGCGAACCGGGGAAGUCUUGCAGCUGUGGCGGCGUGUUGAGUCUGCACAACCGGCUGGCUGAUCUGCCGUUCGUGGCGUUCUCCGCCGCCCUGUCCAACCGGAUCCUCAACGCCCUGGAGAACACCAUCGUGACUUACAACAUCGUCCACGUCAACGUGGGGAGGGCGUACGACAUGGAAACCGGGAAGUUCGCGCCCGCCAUCCCGGGGUACUACAUGUUCACGUUCUCCGGGAUGACCACCAGCGUGAAGGGCUCCGCCUACUGGAGCAGGCUGAUGCUGAACGGGGAGCCCGUCAUCAGCCUGUACGACAAGUCGCUAGGAGAACACCUCUCCAGCAGUAACAGCGCCAUCUUGUUACUGAAGCCUGGGGACGAGGUUUGGGUGGAGCUGGACGCGCGGUCCUCCAUGUGGGGAGACUACACGGGUUACGUCACGUUCUCAGGGUACCUCAUACACAACGUAUAA